AUGUUUAUCCGAUUUGACAUUCAACGAAUGACAAAUCUGAUAGACAUUCAAUGAAUGACAAAUCGGAUAAACAUUCAACGAAUGACAAAUCUGAUAAACAUUCAAUGAAUGACAAAUCGGAUAAACAUUCAACGAAUGACAAAUCUGAUAAACAUUCUAGAAAAGAUGAGGAAUCAAACAAACAUUCAAAAAAUGAUAAAUCCAGCAAAGAUGAAAAGACUCACAGACACACGAAGAAAGAUGAUUCUCAAGUUUUGUGGAAAAAAUCUGAUAAGGUAGAAUCUAGCAAAGAAAGCAAUUCUGAAAAACGUCCUCGAAGUGAUUCAAAGGAUGAACCACAUAAGAAACAUGGAAAACAUUCGCACAAUGAUAAGAUAAGUGAGUCCAGCAGAAAGCACAGUAGAAAAAGUGAAAACCAUAAGUGCAUUAAUAACAAUAACAACGAUGAAAAAGGUGUUGAAAAUCAAGAAGCAAGUAUUAAAAGAAAAAGACGUUCAUCCGACGGACAUCAUUCGUCUAGUCACCACAAAAAGUCCAAACGUGAUGUACAUGAAUCAAAAUCUCGAAUUUCACAAGACAGCCACAUGGAUUCUGACCACAGCUCUGACAUCGAAGAAGUUAUCGUACCGGUUGAGACAAUAUCACUAGACUCCUCCAGUGAAUCCGAUCUUGACAUGGAUUCAGGACAGGAACCUGAAAUUCCAACAGUCAAAACUAAAGUGCGAACCGCACACUCCUCUGGUACUGCUAAUGGUGCAACAUAUGCAUCAGUGCGUUCAGGUGCAGUCAGUCGCUUGCGUCAUCCUAAGCCACCAACGCCAUUGCUGGACCGCUUUCAUAAAACUUCCAUUUCAUCAGGACCAGCCCCGGUGCCUUUAUCUGAACAAGCAGCUGGACCAAAAUUUGGUUACUUCAGUAGAUACUGCGUUCUUGCUUAUGAGGGCAGCGCACCUCUGUUGACGCUCAGCUCCACUUCUAUGACCGCACUGCAGUUCAUGUCUACUCGCAUUCCACAACUUGUGCUGUGCCGCCCCGCUUGUCUUCACGUCACGCUCCCGUGUUCACACCACAUUGUUCUGGACUUCUCCGCUCACUGUAUUCAAGACCGCAGACCCAUCACCAUCUAG